AAACAGUAUUAGUAGUCAUUCAAAAGUCCAGCUAUUCAGUUCAUUCAAGAUUUCUACAAAGCAAAAGAAAAAAAAAAUAAAUAAAUAUGCAGCGAAAAUGUGGUCCCGGAUAUGCUUCUCCAUUGGCAGCUAUGAAAGGUCCUCGCGAAAAAUUGCUCUACGUAGUUACAGUUCAACCAAAUACCGACGAACCGCACGGCGACUAUCUCUCAACUGUUGACGUGGAUCCCGAGAGUCCUACUUAUUGCCAAGUUAUCCAUCGUACUUUUACGAAUCGCAAGGGAAUGGAGUUGCAUCAUUCUGGAUGGAAUGCUUGUAGCAGCUGUUACAAAUUAGAUGACAAGUGCUGCAAAGGAAACGUUCCCGUUCGUGAUAAAUUAGUUCUUCCGUGUUUGGGCUCGAAUUUCAUCUACAUCUUCGAUACGGGUAAAAAUCCACGCGCACCGGAAGUCUUCAAAGUAAUUGAUGGCAGUGUCAUGGAGAGUUUUGAUGUUUCCGCGCCUCAUACCACACAUUGUCUUGCCGAUGGAAAUGUCAUGAUUUCGACGAUGGGCGACAAAAAUGGCAACAAUAAAGGCGAUUUCAUACUUUUUGAUUCGCAAACUUGGGAGUGUAAGGGUACAUGGACUAAAGGUGAAAAAGCUAUUUGUGGUUAUGAUUUUUGGUAUCAACCGUACUUCAACAUAAUGGCAGCUUCGGAAUGGAGUUCGCCAAAGAUGUUUAAAAGAGGCUUCCAUCCUGAUGACUUGCUGGAUAACGAAUAUGGGCGUCGUUUGAACUUCUAUGAUUGGAAAGAACAGAAACUCAUUCAAACCAUUGAUUUGGGCUUGGAUGGGCAAGCUCCUCUUGAACUUCGAUUCUUGCACAAUCCAAAGCGGAAUGAAGGUUUCGUAGGUUGUUGUGUUCCCGCCAAUAUGUUUUAUUUCUUCAAAAAUGAACAAACUGGCUUGUAUGAAGCUAUCAAAGUAAUCGACGUACCUUCAAAGAAGAUUUCUGGAUGGAAAUUGGAUCAAAUUAACGGAAUGAUGUCUGACAUCAUCAUCUCCUUGGAUGACAAAUUCUUGUACUUUAACAAUUGGUUGCAUGGCGAUUUGAGACAAUAUGACAUCACGAAUCCUCGAGAACCGAAACUCGUGGGUCAAGUCUUCCUUGGGGGAGUUUUAACGGUUGAUGGAGUCAAGUUGGUUGAAGAUUCCGAACUGAAGGAACAACCUAAGCCUGUUUCAGUUAAAGGUCGUCGUUUACGUGGCGGACCUCAAAUGUUACAGCUGUCUUUGGAUGGUAAACGAAUGUAUGUCUCAACGAGCCUUUUUUCGCCAUGGGAUAAGCAAUUCUAUCCGGAAAUGGUAGCUGCUGGAGGUACCAUUGUUCAAAUUGACAUCGACACGGAAAAGGGAGGGUUGAAACUCAAUGAAAACUUUUUAGUUGAUUUCGGAAAAGAACCUUAUGGACCAACUUUGCCGCAUGAAAUGCGCUAUCCCGGAGGCGAUUGUACUUCCGACAUUUGGCUCGCUGAUGAUUAAUAACCGAGUAAUUUUUGCAGCUAAUUAAUAUAAUGUUGGGCAAUGGAAUUUUCGCCAAUUUUUUCUCAACAAUUAAUUUAAUCAAUAAAUAUCAUCGUCAUAUCAGAACAUAA